AAAAGAAAUCAGAAAAAAAAAAGUAAACGUUACUGGAAAACAAAAACGUUGGGCUCUUUGGUAAUAAAAGCUUGUGAAAUCUGCAUCUAAGUUUCUUUGUUUUGAGUGAUGUUAAGGUUGUUAAAGAAAUGGGUUGAUGUUGUUUUAAUGUUUUGAUAGCAGUAAAGGGGUUUUUUUUUUUUGAAGUGAAAGAGGGGAGAAAGAAGCAAGGAAGAAGAAUCAUGGGGUGGCUUCCUUGUUCUGGCAAAUCAAAUACCAAAGCUAAUAAGUCUAAGAAGAACAAAAAGAUGGAGCAGAUGCCACUUGAUCAAAUCAAACCUUCUUCAGAUUCCUCAUCAAGUGGGGAGACAUCUAGAAGUGGAGGGGGUGAACAUAUUGCUGCACAGAUUUUUACAUUUCGUGAAUUGGCAACAGCAACUAAGAAUUUUAGAGCAGAAUGCCUUUUGGGAGAAGGAGGUUUUGGUAGAGUGUACAAAGGGCGUCUGGAGAGUACAAAUCAGGUUGUCGCUAUAAAGCAACUUGAUCGUAAUGGGUUGCAAGGGAACAGGGAAUUUCUUGUUGAAGUUUUAAUGCUUAGCCUACUUCACCAUCCUAACCUUGUUAAUCUUACUGGGUAUUGUGCUGAUGGAGAUCAAAGGCUUCUGGUUUAUGAAUAUAUGCCCUUAGGAUCUCUCGAAGAUCAUUUACAUGACAUUUCACCUGGUAAGAAAAGGCUGGACUGGAACACAAGAAUGAAAAUAGCUGCUGGGGCUGCAAAAGGGUUGGAGUAUUUACAUGACAAAGCCAGCCCCCCUGUUAUAUACCGAGAUUUGAAAUGCUCCAACAUUUUACUUGGUGAAGGAUGUUUUCCUAAGCUAUCUGAUUUUGGCUUGGCCAAACUUGGGCCUGUUGGCGAUAACACCCAUGUAUCUACAAGGGUUAUGGGCACCUAUGGAUACUGUGCCCCAGAGUAUGCAAUGACUGGUCAACUAACUCUGAAAUCAGAUGUUUAUAGCUUUGGGGUUGUUCUUCUGGAAAUCAUAACCGGCAGGAAAGCAAUUGACAAUUCAAAAGCUGCGGGGGAACAGAAUCUAGUAGCAUGGGCAAGGCCAUUAUUCAAAGACCGAAAAAAAUUCUCUCAAAUGGCUGAUCCAAUGCUUCAAGGGCAGUAUCCUCCAAGAGGCUUAUUCCAAGCACUUGCAGUGGCAGCAAUGUGUGUUCAGGAGCAGCCAAAUAUGCGACCUCUCAUUGCUGAUGUAGUCACAGCUUUGACUUACCUUGCUUCUCAAAAGUUUGAACCAGAUACACAAUCAGUGCAGGGUUCCCGCUUGGCCCCUGGUACUCCUCCACGGACGAAGAGAGAUAGAGAUAAGAAGCCCAACGGUGGCAGUGGGUCUGAAAGGGAUCGAACGAGAAGGUUAAGUUGAUACUUGCUUGGAUUCUUCAUGCUCAUUGGACGCUUCCCUGGGAUCUGCCAACUAUUGAUAGACGCUGGUAAUGAUGAUGUUAUGAGUUGUGGCAUCUUUUAAUGUAAAUGAAAUCACAGGGCUAGGAGUUUCAGGCUAAAUGCAUAGUGCCUGCCUUACAUAACAUGCCUCGUUACCAAAUUUUGCUUAUUUCUUACAAACCAAAGGCACAUUUUUAUAAGCUAUUGCGUUUGUUGUUAGGAGAUAUUUGUAGCUGCUGUUUUCCUAUGUACAUGAAAAUUCAAUCAUAUCCAUAAUAUAAUCAGAUGCUUUCUUAUCAGGCAGUGA